AGUGCGGUCUGCAUUACAAAACGUUUCCAACGGAUUGUUCAAACUCGCCACCCAAACCAAAGCUUGGUAUCAAGCUGGGACGGGACGAGAUCAACGGAUUGUUCAAAGUUCAAACUCGCCACCGAAACCAAAGUUUCCAACCGAUUGUUCAAUCAACAAAUAAUACGUAAACUCUUGUGCUCACUCUCUCCCUUUCGCUCCAAAAUUGAAAGGCACCACCUUUCUUCUGUGAUGGCGGAAUUCCUUGACCUGGAAGCCCACGACGGCAUACGCAUGCCAUGGAACGUCUUCCCAGGCACCAAGCAAGAAGCAGCCAGUUGCGUUGUCCCUGUCUCUGCCAUCUACACGCCAUUGAAGCCCUUCCCCAACAUGCCAGUCCUUCCUUACUCUCCUCUCCGUUGCCGCACCUGUAGAUCCGUUCUGAACCCUUUCUCCACCGUCGACUACAUGGGCCAGAUCUGGAUAUGUCCCUUUUGCUUCCAACGCAACCAUUUCCCCCCUCACUACGCUUCGAUCUCCCAAGACAAUCUCCCCCCUGAUCUCUUCCCUCAAUACACCACAAUAGAGUACGAGGCGCCCACAGAUAAGACUGCAGUCCCACCUGUUUUCCUGUUCGUCGUUGAUACGUGCAUCAUUGAGGAGGAGCUAGGGUUCUUAAAGUCUGCUCUCUUGCAGGCUAUUGAUCUGGUGCCGGACGAUUCACUUGUUGGGUUCAUCACCUUCGGCACUUACGUUCAUGUGCACGAGCUGGGGUUCGGGCUUAUCCCCAAGACAUACGUUUUUAAGGGGUCAAAAGAGAUAUCGCAGGAUCAGAUUCUUGAGCACAUGAAGUUCUUUGCAAAGAAGCCAAAGCCAAUCACUGGUGUAACUUCUGCUUCUGGUCCCAGGGACGGGCUCACUGCCGAGAGCAUAGCUCGGUUCCUAUUGCCUGCGUCCGAGUGCGAAUUUGCUUUGACUUCGGUUCUGGAAGAGCUUCAGAAAGAUCCUUGGCCUGUACAAGCAGAUCAACGGGCAAUAAGGUGCACGAGCACGGCACUUAGUGUGGCUACCAGUUUGUUAGGAGCUUGUGUUCCUGGUUCUGGAGCUAGAAUCAUGGCAUUUAUUGGAGGGCCAUCAACAGAAGGACCUGGUGCUAUUGUAUCCAAGAGUUUAUCUGAACCAAUUCGUUCUCACAAGGACCUAGACAAAGAUUCUGCUCCAUUUUACCAAAAAGCUGUUAAAUUCUAUGAGGCAUUAUCAAAGCAGCUUGUAAAUCAAGGACAUGUACUCGAUUUGUUUGUUUGUGCUCUUGAUCAGGUUGGAUUGGCUGAACUAAAAGUUGCAGUUGAAAGAACUGGAGGGCUUGUUGUGCUUGCAGAAAGUUUUGGCCAUUCCAUUUUCAAGGAUUCACUUAAACGCAUUUUUCAGUCAACUGAGUCAAAUUCCUACAACCUUGGUCUGUCAUUUAAUGGUAUAUUUGAGAUAAACUGCUCUAAGGAUAUCAAAAUACAGGGUGUUAUUGGCCCUUGUGCAUCUCUUGAAAGGAAAGGUCCUUUAUGUUCUGAAACAGUUGUUGGUCAAGGAAAUACCAAUGCUUGGAAGAUGUGUGGCCUUGACAAAGCUACAUCUUUAUGUUUGCUAUUUGAGAUUGCAAAAAGGGAUGGUGUAGAUGCUAUCGGACAACCUACAAACAAUCAAUUUUACCUCCAAUUUUUGACUUAUUAUCAGCAUAACAAUGGCCAAAUGAGACUUCGUGCUACAACACUUUCAAGGAGAUGGGUUGCUGGGCCUGGUAGUGUACAGGAAUUAAUUGCUGGGUUUGACCAAGAAGCAGCUGCGGUAGUCAUGACACGUCUAGUUUCUUUGAAAAUGGAAACUGAGGUUGAGUUUGAUCCUAUCCAAUGGCUGGAUAAGUCAUUGAUACGUUUAUGUUCUCGGUUUGGUGAUUACCAAAAAGAUAGGCCAUCCACUUUCAGCUUGUCUCCACGCUUUUCAAUAUUUCCACAAUUUAUGUUCCAUUUACGACGUUCUCAGUUUGUCCAGAUUUUUAACAAUAGCCCAGAUGAAACUGCAUAUUUUAGAAUGAUCUUGUACCGAGAAAAUGUUUCCAAUUCAGUUGUUAUGAUUCAACCAUCAUUGAUAUCUUACACAUUACAGAAGGACCCAGAACCAGCUCUUCUUGAUGUGGCUGCCAUUGGUGCUGAUAGGAUCCUACUACUGGAUUCAUACUUUACUGUUGUUAUAUUUCAUGGAAUGACCAUUGCACAAUGGCGAAAUGCUGGAUACCAAGAUCUGCCAGAACAUAAGGCAUUUGCCCAGUUGCUGCAAGAUCCUCGUGAUGAUGCAGAUGCAAUACUCAAGGAGCGCUUUCCAGUCACUCGAUUAGUUAUUUGUGAUCAAUAUGGCUCUCAGCAUAUUCUUUGGUGUAGAAUGAAGAAAGUAGGAGGAUUGCCAUGAUGCAAGUUCCUAUCAGUGAGCAUACAACUCUUGUGUCUACAAAACCCAAACAGAGUUCUGGUAAACUUGAAGAGGUAGUUUGUGAAUAUUGCAAGAAGCCAAGGCACACCAAGGAUAGGUGUUGGAAACUAAAUCCCCACCUAAAGCUUGAGAAGUUUAAAAUCGGAAAGAAGGUAAAUGCUCAUGUUGCUACAAUUAGUCAUGAUUCUCAAACUCACAUGCUUGAGGGAAAUUCUUCUGCUUAGGCAUCUACUCAUGACACCUCUGAUGUGAUGGAAAAAUUGAGAGGCAUCUUGCUCCAUCUUGAAAAGAAUGGGUUGCCUACAUCUGUUGAUUCACAUACACCUUCUAGUGCCUUUGCAAGAUCAGGUACUACACUUGCGUGUCAUGCCUCAUCCUCUGGCUCUUGGAUAAUUGACACAGGAGCUACUGAUCAUAUGACUGGUAUGCCUUCCUACUUUACCACGUAUAAACGUUUUUCAGGGAAAGGUAAGAUUACUAUUGCUGAUGGAUCUCAGACCCCAAUCUCGAGUUUGGGUGAAGUUAAACUUACCAACAACCUUUCUCUGAAAUCAGUUAUCCAUGUCCCACAACUUCAUAGAAAUCUCUUAUUUAUUAGCUCACUUACAAAAUCCAUAAUUGUUCUAAAACCUUCUUUCCAUCUUAUUGUGUCCUCCAGGAUCUGAGUACGGGGAAGACGACUAGCAGUGGACAUGAAGCCGAUGGAGUUUAUCUUCUUGAUCAGUCUCCAAAGUUUGGGUUAAUGUGUCAGUCUGAGUCCUGUCAUGAUGAAAAACUAAGUCAAUUGAAAUUGUGGCAUCACUGUCUUGGGCAUGUGUCUUUUGGUUCAUUGAAGUUUUUGUUUCCUAGUCUUUUUGAGCCAUUGUCUAGUUCCGGUCUACAAUGUGAAGUCUGUCAACUAUCAAAGCAAUGUAGAACCACAUAUUUUUGCAAGUAAUA